GCCCUCCGGGUUCUCCGGAGGACGCCGCGCAGUCCCCGUGUGCUCUUCCGGCUUCCCCGUCGGGCUUCCGGGGUUGCCCGAGCCGCGCUGCAGACAUGUCCGGCUUCAGCCCCGAGCUCAUCGACUACCUGGAGGGGAAGAUUUCCUUCGAGGAGUUCGAGCGGCGGAGAGAAGAGAGGAAGACGCGGGAGAAGAAGAGUCUUCAGGAAGAAGGAAAGUUAUCAGCCGAAGAAAAUGCGGAUGACUCUGAAGCUCCCUCAUCCUCAGGGAUUAACUCUAGCAAAUCCCACGUCAGAGAUGUCAGUGAAGGAGAAACUUCAGAUGGGGUGAGUAAGUCGGUUCAGAAGGUCUUUGACUCCAUGCUCGGAGAGACUGAAGAUGAUGAGGAAGAAGAGGAGGAGGAAGAGGAAGGGGAGGAGAUGCUUGAGCAACCCACAGCGGGUGAGGUGUUUGCACUGGAGCUAGUUCUUAACCGCGAAACCAAGAAAAUGAUGAAAGAGAAGAGGCCUCGGAGCAAACUGCCCAGGGCGCUGCGAGGUCUCAUGGGCGAAGCCAACAUCCGCUUCGCGCGGGGGAAGCGGGAAGAGGCCAUCCUGAUGUGCAUGGAGAUCAUCCGGCAAGCUCCUCUGGCUUAUGAGCCGUUCUCUACUCUUGCCAUGAUAUACGAGGACCAAGGCGACAUGGAGAAAUCCUUGCAGUUUGAAUUGAUUGCCGCACAUUUAAAUCCCAGUGACACUGAAGAAUGGGUUCGACUGGCAGAAAUGUCUCUGGAACAGGACAAUAUUAAGCAGGCUAUCUUCUGCUAUACAAAAGCUCUUAAAUACGAACCUACUAAUAUCCGUUUUCUGUGGGAGCGAUCAAGUCUGUGUGAACAGAUGGGUGACCAUAAAAUGGCAAUGGACGGGUACAGGCGAAUUCUGAACCUUUUGCCUGCGUCUGAUGGAGAGCGCUUUAUGCAGUUGGCUAGAGAUAUGGCCAAGAGUUACUAUGAAGCCAGUGACAGCGCCUCAGCUAUUAACAUAAUCGAAGAAGCCUUCUCCAAACACCAGGCCCUGGUCUCCAUGGAGGACGUCAAUAUCGCGGCCGAGCUGUACAUUUCUAACAAGCAGUAUGACAGAGCUUUGGAGGUAAUUACGGAUUUUUCUGGAAUUGUGCUAGAAAAACAAACUUUGGAAGAAGACGGCCCCUCUGAGGAGAAUAAAGCCUGCGAUGGCAUCACCUGUGCGGUCCCUGAGGGCGUGCCCAUCGACAUCAUGGUGAAGCUGAUGGUCUGCCUCGUGCAUCUCCACAUCCUCGAGCCGCUGAACCCUCUCCUGACGACACUGGUGGAGCAGAACCCCGAGGACAUGGGCGACCUCUACCUGGAUGUGGCGGAGGCGCUUCUGGACAUUGGGGAGUACAGCUCUGCGCUGCCGCUCCUCAGUGCGCUGGUUUGCUCGGAGAGAUACAGCCUCGCAGUGGUCUGGCUCCGCCAUGCAGAGUGCCUGAAGGCCUUGGGCUACAUGGAGCGUGCUGCUGAGAGCUACAGCAAGGUGGUGGAUCUGGCCCCGCUCCACUUGGAUGCCAGGAUUUCCCUUUCCACCCUUCAGCAGCAGCUGGGCCGUCCCGAGAAGGCGCUGGAAGCUCUGGAACCGAUGUAUGACCCAGACACGUUAGCCCAGGAUGCAAAUGCCGCACAGCAGGAGCUGAAGCUGCUGCUGCACCGCUCCACGCUGCUGUUCUCGCAAGGCAAGAUGCGCGGUUACGUGGACACCCUGCUCACCAUGCUGGCCAUGCUCCUGAAGGUAGCUAUGAACAGAGCCCAGGUCUGCUUGAUAUCCAGCUCCAAAUCUGGAGAGAGACAUCUGUACCUUAUGAAAGUAUCGCGAGACAAAAUAUCAGACAGCAAUGACCAAGAGUCGGCAAAUUGUGACGCAAAAGCAAUAUUUGCUGUGCUCACGAGUGUCCUGCCUAAGGAUGACUGGUGGAACCUUCUGCUGAAGGCCAUCUACUCCUUAUGUGACCUGUCCCGCUUUGAAGAGGCUGAGCUGCUGGCAGAUUCUUCAUUGGAAUAUUACUCGUUUUAUGAUGACAGGCAAAAGCGCAAAGAACUAGAGUACUUUGGUCUGUCAGCUGCAAUUCUGGACAAAAAUUUCAGAAAGGCAUACAACUACAUCAGGAUAAUGGUAAUGGAAAAUGUCAAUAAACCCCAGCUCUGGAAUAUUUUCAACCAAGUCACCAUGCAUUCCCAAGAUGUACGACAUCAUCGCUUCUGUCUCCGCCUCAUGCUGAAAAACCCAGAUAACCAUGCCCUGUGUGUUUUGAAUGGACACAAUGCGUUCGUGUCUGGCAGUUUUAAGCACGCGCUUGCACAGUACAUUCAGGCCUUUCGCGCCCGCCGUGAUGAACCUCUCUACAACAUGUGUAUAGGCCUGACUUUUAUUCACAUGGCAUCCCAGAAGUACGUGUUAAAGAGACAUGCUCUCAUUGUGCAGGGCUUCGCCUUCCUUAAUCGAUACCUCAGCCUGCGUGGUCGGUGCCAGGAGUCUCUGUACAAUUUGGGCCGAGCCCUUCACCAGCUGGGGCUGACUCACCUCGCCAUCCACUAUUACCAGGAGGCGCUGGAGCUCCCCCCAUUGGAGGCAGAGGGGAUAGAGGCUGAGCAGGUGGACUUGCGAAGAGACAUUGCCUACAACCUGGCCCUCAUUUACCAGAGCAGCGGGAACUUGCUCAUGGCCCGGUACCUCCUGUUCACCUACUGCACCAUAUGAAGCCGUCUCCAGCCGUGGUGAGGACAGUGCUUGCUGAGCUGCGUCACCUUCAGUACGUGCCUCUGCCACGCUGCCCAGCAUGGCGACCUGGAUUCCACCUCUAAACAACAGUGUUGCUUUUCUCUAUUGGUUCAUAUAUCCAUUUUGCAUGUAAGUUGUGUAUUCUUGGUAUUUUCCUAGGAAAAUUGGUGUAGGAAAAUCAUUCCAGUACUGAAAUGGACAGAAUUAGUCUUGAGUCAGCGUGGAGUUGUUUUUCCACUUGUUCACCUCUGUGUUUGGCACCGAAUGCAGCAGGACCCUGACUUAUGUAUAGUUCUCCUGGAACACAACUCCUUCUACUGUACUAUGAUCCUGUGCAGCGCGUCCUCAGGCAGCUGCCCCUCAGCACAGUUUUUUUUUUUCUGGUACCGGGAAUCGAACUCACAACCUUACACUUGCCAGGCAGGCACAGCAACACUGAGCUACAUCCCUGGCCCCUUCAGCAUAGUUCUCCACAUCCUAACCCGAGUGGGUGUUCCUGGGAAGGGAAGGUUAGCUGUUUCCCAUGCAGUCUUUCAGUCUGCUACCAUGAGGGGAGGCGGUCCUUCCAGUACACGGACUGGAAGUUGCUUAUCAAAGAAAGUGAGACUCUGUGAUGUUAAGACGGCUGCUCACAUCUGCACCUAACAAAAUUAUUUAAAGUGGUAUGUGGUUGGAGGACAGAUAAUUGAUUUAAUCCUUCUCUUUUUUUGUUUUUGGUACCGGGGAUCGAACUCGGCACCUUGUGCUUGCGAGGCAGGCGCCGGAACCACUGAGCUAAAUCCUGGCCCUCAUCCUUCUCUUUUAACCAAAAUGCAUUUUAGCUGCAUUGAUGGAGGCUUAAUUCGAAACAUACUGCUCCAAGACCAGUCAAAGGUUAUCAUCUGUAGGUGCAGCUUCCCAAGAUAAAACCAGAGAUGAUGUUUAGUAACUCGGCGCAGUUUCCAUUCCAGGGAAGCUGUGUGUGUGUGUGUAAUAAAGCAUUGCUGAUGAAGUUUGAAAGAUUAGAUAAAAACUUUUGACUAGCAUUCUAUUUUCUUAAAUCUCAAGUAAAGGUACUUACUUGCUAGAUGUACUGUGGGACCAACAGUUUUUCAGGGGUGCCAUAAUAAGUGUGUGUGGUUGCAACACCCAGUCCAGCUGUGGGAAGGAAACAGAUGGGAGAGUAAAGACAACAGAAGGCUUUCUAGAACUCUCACUGCUGUUUAUACUGUACAUACAUCUUUCUAGUUGAGAAGUGGAAUUUGUAUAUAACAAAUAAAUGUAUCUUCUACUCUGUGUAUAUAAUUUAAAUAAACACUUUUUUAUUUGG